AUGAAUAUUCAGUAGGAUGCUUUGAAAACAUAUGAUUCAGCAAUUUAGAACAAUCAAUCAAAUUCAUGGAUUUAAAAUAAGAAUGGUAUACUAUGUAAGAUUAAUUUUUUAGUUGAAACAUUAGAAAAAAUGAUCAAGUUUGAAAUAUCUUUGGAAAAUUAUGAUUUAGAAAUUUAGUUAAAACCAGAUUAGAAUGUCAAAGGUAUAAUUUUAUCUUUAUCAGUUUAUAGCUCACACAUUAUUUAAAACGCCUACAACUCUAGAAACUGUAGAAAAUUAACUUAAUUAGUUAUGCACUUUCCAUUGA